CGCUACCACCCGGUUGCGGGGGGGGGGGCGGGGGAGAGGCGGCGAGCGGGAGAGCCCUUCCGGAAAGGCGGGGGGAGCACGGACAGCGCGAGAGGAGGAGCGAGCCGGAGAGCGGGCUCGGCCCCCGUUUGACGUGCCCUCCCUCCCGCGGCGAGGCGGAUGGUGCGGUCCGCCCAGCGCGUCCCGUUGCUAGGGGCGAGGGCGGCAGCCGCCAUGGCCGGCUUCGUGGAGCCGGGGCAGGAGGCGGGAGCCGUCCUGGUGCAGGUUCAAGAAGACCUUCACAAGCUUAAAGUGAAAAAUAUCAACUUGAAAGAAAAUGUAAAAUCUGUGGAUAUUAGCGACCUUGGAACAGCAAUUGAAAGAACCAAAUUUGGGCUGAGAAAACAUGCUGAAAAUUACUUAAGCACUAUGAACAGACAAGUGUUAACUAUUUCUUCUACCGAUGAUAAAGAAGUACAUUCAAAAGAGCCCCCUAAAUGGGGCCUUCAUUUUGGUGCUUCUCAGAAACAGCUUGUUUUACCACGAGUACCUGUUGAGCCCAUGACUGUCCAGGCGUACAGCAAAUCAGCACUACGCAUUUCUCAAAGUUCACAGCAGCAGAUGGAAAUGGAUAUGAAAAUUAUGCUUGACCCAGAGAACAUCGAUAAUAAAGCUGUUUUGAAACCACAGAACUAUGAGACCAGGCUGCCACUUAUAAUUAAGGAAAAAUCUGCUCCUAUGUAUAGUCAGAAGAUAGUGAAAGGUCAUACAGUUAGCAACCUUUGGGGUUUUCCUGCCUCUCACUACAUGGAUUCUCCCUUACCCCUGUUAGAAGAAGAUAUAACAAAAGGUGUUCUGAGCCUAACUGAGCAAAGGCUUGUCCCUCCAGCAGCAAAGAUAACUCUCCAGACACCUCCUGUUGUAUCCAAAGCAGCACCUUCCCAUGAAUUUCACAGGCAGCACAAGAAAUCAGCUGUAGGAGAGAUUAGUAGUAGGGUGGACCCUGAGAAUACAGGCACCACCGCCUUCCCAAACUCAAAGGAAGCAAUUUAUGGCACAUAUUCCUCUAGUAAAGGUAACAUUGCACCACUUCCACCCAGCAGCUCCAUGGUUUCAGCAAGGAAGUCAAAGCCGGUGUGGACGUGUCCAGCUCAACAGUUGGAAUCUGAGCUGCAGAUUCUGUCUCAGACACAGCCCCUGCAAAUGUCUCCACAUCAGUCCUUACAGGAUCCAUGCUUUGAUUGUGACAUUGUUGUUUACCAUGGCACAAUAGACCAGAAAGCUCCAGGCUUUCUUGCGUUCAAGCAACAUUAUUGUUUAUCUUGGGGGAGCGUUGUCUUUUUUUUGGAACAUACAGAAAAGCUUCUCAAGGACUAUGCUGUACCAUUGGCUAAGAUAAACAGUAAAAAGUUGGUGGAAGUUGCAUCAGACUUUGAGCUUACUGAGAAUCCCACCAAAAGGGACAUUCUGUCAGUGAUAAAGAAUCAAUCAACUGUGGAAAAGAUCUUAAAUCGACCUGGCCAAAGAUACAAAGGCCAAGGGGGUACCGAAAUGGCCGCUACAAAGAUCCAAGCAACAUGGCGAUGUUAUCAGGCCAGAAAAACCUACGUCCAUUUCAGGCAGCAGCAGUGGGCAUCAGGUGUGAUCGCCAUUUCUUGGCUCUUGCAUAAUCACAUGGCACGUGUGAAAAAGACCCUGAAGGAAUCACGUCAGAGACACCUGGAGAAUUUUUACAUCAGGGCCAAGCAUCUGGCAGCCAACUGGAAUCGCAUCAGGACCUCCAGGAGGACUAUUAUCCAUAUCCCAUCAUUAGGAUAUUCCCAAUGCAUCCGUGAGCAUAUUCCUGAUCUUGCUCUCCAACAGAAUAUGCAGAUGGGAAGGCUGUGUGACAUACUGGAUGCCAACGUGGACGUCAUCUACAUCUGCCCCCUUCAUCUGAGUGAGGAGUUACUGCAGUAUUACAAUAAACUCCUGGGUCUGCAGGCAGCUGUUAGAUCUGGGAACCCUGAGGACAUGGGUGACCUGCAGGACAGGUUCAAAAUUCUCACCCCUGAAGCUAUAAACAGCUUCCCUAAGCAUCACAUGUGCCUAGCCACUCAGCUGAAGUACAGUCCCAAGACAAUCAAAAGAAUAAAAAUUCUUAUCCAGAGCAGAGAUGCCUACAUUAUUGGAGGGGUUCCCCACAAAGAUGAUUUAGCAGUGGCUGACAUGCUAAAUGUGCCUAUACUAGGCUCGGUGCCAGAAGUGGCUCAUCUCUAUAGUACCAAGUCUGGAAGUAAACGAAUUUUUGCCAGUGCUUGUGUGCCAACCCCUCCUGGAGCAUCUGACAUCUACAACAAUGAACAGAUGAUUAGUGUUCUCAGCCAGCUGAUCAUUGACAACAUGGAAGUGCAGCGUUGGUUGUUUAAAGUGAAUGAUGAAUCUGGAGGAAAUGGCACUGCCUAUUGCGACAUUAUCUCACAUUUGAAAUGCUACCACUGGGUUCAAAAGGAACGUCAGAGAUACAGCCCUGAGAUAUGGAGUAAGAAGUGGGCACAUGAGCCAGCUUUGGUGAAGAUCUCCCAGGAGCUGCCGGGCCUUUUAGCACAGCACGUACAGCCAGUCAAUGAGAAACGAUUCCCUACAUGGGAAAAAUUCCUCCAAACAUUUCUUAGUCAAGGUGGUGUGAUAGAAGCCUUCCCGCUCUCAGAAAAUGUCACAAACCUUACGGUGGAUAUGCUGAUAGAGCCAACAGGCAAGAUAAAAAUAGUGUCAUCUGGAGAUCAGCUCCAUGCUGACGGUCCUUUGCGAUCAUCUGGCACUACCAUUCCACAAUGUUCUGUUGAUCCAGCAGUUCUUAAUUCACUCUGCUUAAAAAUUGGAGAAACCUGUAAAUCUAAAGGAGUGCUCGGUUACUUCUCUGUUGAUUUUGUGACUUUCAUCCAUCCACAAACGAUGGAGCAGCAGGUAUGGGCAACGGACCUUGACCUUUGCUAUAGUGACCAGCUGGCCUUGACUCAGCUUAUGUUGUACGUGACAGAUGGAAAUCUGGAUUGUCGCUCUAGCCGCUUUGAAGUAUCUCUUGGUUCAAAGAAAAUGAAAAGCCAACGUAUUCAGCAUGAGAAGACAAAAACUCCUUCUCCAAUAAGCAACCGGUGUGCAGUAGCAAGCAGUCAACUGAGGCACUCCAGCCUUUCAGUAAUCUACUGUAAUGUUCUCCUCCAGAUGUGUAAAGCUCACAGUGUUGGAUUUGACCUCCAGGAAAAACAGGGGACAGUUUUUAUACUGUAUGAAGAUCAGAAGCGAUACAGAUUGGGCAUGAUAACAAUCGGAGAGGAUCUCCAGGGGGUCCUCAUGACCUUUGCUCGCAAUCUCUUCAUCAUCCAUCAAGAAAUAUCAGCACCUAAUAUGCAAGGCGAGACCAAUUUUAAGAUGGCAAUUCAAGGUAUCAAAGCAAUUCUAGGAAUUACAGCAGAAAACAAACUGAAAUUGGAAGAGGAGCAACCUUCGAAAGCAGAUGCUCUGAAAGAAUAGUUAACGGAAAAUGUUUAAGUGCCUUAUUCUUUAUGCUUCUGGAAACACUUUCUCAUCUGUAAGAACAGGUUUGGUUUUCCUUCUGCAUUGGCAUGUGAAGUAAUAUUAACUGAGACAGUACAUUUCCAUGAUUUCCAGGCACGGUAUUUAGAAGGAUAUCCCUUCUUUCACAAAAAUAAACUGUUGAAAAGCAGAGGAUCAUGAUAAAUGCCCCUGAAGUUCAUAUUGUCAUUCCUGAGGGUACAGAAUCUGUUUUUAAAAUCUUAUUAAUAGGGGUCACACUGUCUUUGUCACUAAAUCAGACUAGGAGAUCAUACUCCAUUGAAGAGAGUCCUGUACCCCUGAAUUCCCUUUCAAACCUUCUAAAAGACAGGCUUCUGACAUGAAAGUAGGUCUAGUGUUCCUCUGCCCAUAAACAAAUACACUUAAAUGCCAUCCUAGCAGUAAGGCUAGCAACCUGGAUUCCUCUAUUUGUCCGCUAUUUCUUUUGUUAUCUACACAAUUUUUGCAGCAGUUGUUUCAUGUUCAUUUUCAAAUUAUCAAAAAUAAUAGUAAUAGCACUAGCUCAACAACGGAUUCUGAGAGCACCAUUAGAAUUAUACUGGAACGAUGAUUCCCAGUAUACCGUGACUUUUGCGGAUCUAUCUGUCCGUCAGAGAGAUUCUGUAUUUCAGAUACUGGUGACUUUUUUUGUCACAAUUGCUAUGCACUGUUAUGUUAGAGGGCAACAGUUACAUUUGUAAAGUUAUCUUUAUCCAUCAAAUCUCUAAUAUCCCAACAGACAACACAUUCUAAAUUUUACUAUAGAAGAGUGCAUCUUCUCCAUUGGAUGGAUACUAUUGUCCCAAGCCUCGCAAAUAUCUUUGCGAUUACUUCCCCAAAAGCUUGGGCAAAACCCGUUUUUAAGAUGAAUAAUGAAUGUGACCUUGCAGUUGCAGCAGAUCAGUGCCAGGUUUUUCCGAUGCCCAAGUCUUUGGUCUGUUAGCUUCAUACAUUAUCUUUUGUGUUACCCUUUUUUUCUUCUACUUUGGUCACAGAAGUAAUUAAUUGCAGAUGAGAACAUUUGCAUAAAUGCUGUUCCCUGUUUGAAAUAAAAAUCUAAAAGACUAUUUUUGUUUAAUUCUUGUUUGGUUUUGUUCCUUUCUUGCAUGUAAUCUCAAUAUG